CUGUCCUUUAAAUUUCAUCACAUAAAGUAACCAAAAAGAAGCACACACACUAUAAAACUCUCCUCACACUAACACAACCAAUCAAUCAUGCUAAACAAACAAAUAUACUCACACUCAAUUCACAUCGAAUAGGAAAGGCUUGCAAUGUCGAUUUCUAGCAAAUUCUCCGUGUUGCUCGUUUUCACUUCAUGCUGCUUGAUGGCGCAAAAAGCCUACCCACAACCCAAUAACCGAGCCCCACCACAAGUCCCGUGCUUUUACAUAUUCGGCGACUCUUUAGUCGACAAUGGCAACAAUAACGGAAUCCUCACGCUAGCUCGUGCAAACUACAUGCCUUACGGCAUAGAUUUUCCGCAGGGGACCACAGGACGUUUCACCAAUGGCCGCACUUUUGUCGACAUUUUAGCACAACUAUUGGGCUUCCCGAACUACAUUCCGCCUUACGCCAGGGCCCGCGGCCGCCAGUUACUUCAAGGAGCGAACUACGCGUCCGGAGCUUCUGGAAUCAGAGAUGAAACAGGAAACAAUUUGGGGGACCACAUGUCGAUGAACCAGCAAGUCGACAGCUUCGCAGCGACCGUGCAGCAGCUGAGAAGGUUUUUCAGAGGAGAUGAUGUCACGCUCGGAGCCUACCUAAGCAAAUGUAUAUUUUACGCGGGCUUGGGGAGCAAUGACUAUCUAAACAAUUACUUCAUGACAGAUUACUACUCCACAAGCUCUCAGUACACACCUAAAGCUUAUGCUGCUUCUCUCAUCCAAGACUACACCAAACAAUUGACGCUGGCACGAUACGAAGGAAACGGGAGUCGGUGUAACGAGGAUAUUAACAAUGCCAUAAGCCUUUUUAAUACCGGCCUAAAGAGGAUUGUGGACCGGUUUAAUAAGGGUGGGGCAAAGUUUGUGUAUUUGGACUCGUUCGAGAGUAGUAAGGAUUUGGUUCAGAACGCGAAAAGUUACGGUUUUCAAGUGGUGGAUAAAGGGUGUUGUGGUGUGGGGAGGAACAACGGGCAAAUCACGUGCCUUCCGCUUCAGAUGCCGUGCGAUGAUCGACGUGUGUAUGUUUUCUGGGAUGCUUUUCACCCUACUGAGACGGCUAAUAUCUUGCUUGCCAAGAAAGCGUAUAGUUCGAAGUCUAAGUCGUUUGCUUAUCCGAUUAACAUACAGCAGCUGGCAAUGCUCUAA